UAAAGUGUUUGGACAGCCCCCCCCCCCCCACUCCCUUUUUUAUGUGCUUGUGUCGCCGUGACAUACAAAUAAAAAAGUGUAGAGUGUUUUACAUUGGUACACUUUCUUUUGGUUUGGACAGUGUUUUAGGUCUUCUCCCUCUCUCUCCGAGAUCUUCAGAAAAAAACAAAACAAUGACAGAUGUUAAUGUAGCGGAGUUGGUUCGACAAAGUCACGAAGCGAAACAGAAAGCCUAUUGCCCAUACAGUAAUUUUCAAGUUGGCGCCGCUGUCUUGACAGAAGAAGGAACCAUUUUCACAGGCUGCAAUAUUGAAAAUUCGUCCUACUCAUUGACUAUAUGUGCCGAGAGAACGGCAGUAGCCAAGGCCGUUUCAGAAGGAUAUACAAAGUUCAAGGCUAUUGCCGUGGCAACAAAUGUUUCGGAGAAAUAUAUGAGUCCUUGCGGAGCAUGUCGACAAUUUCUCUCAGAGUUCACUAAAGACAGCGGAGACUAUGAUAUUUAUAUGAGUAAACCAGACCUCACUUACGACAAGAAAAAAAUAUCGGAGUUGCUUCCCUGUGCUUUUAGUUUGAAUUAAUUAGAAUGACUGAUGAAAUUAAUAGAACUGCAGCUGCAUUUAUACCACAUCACUUUAUUUCUGAUACAUUGAAUCAAUAUCAAUUAUAUUAUAAAGGAAGUAAAAAACGGCUCUAUUUUA